AAAUUGGACAGACGGGUCAAAGAAACACACCAACAUACUGUAUAAUAAGAGUUUGGUUGAAGUUUCCACCAAAAGUCUUUUGUCUUCAAUAUUCAUCUUCUUGGCAAUCACAAACAAAUCUCAUCUUCCUUUCAGAAUUCUCAUAACCUUUCCAUAUCAGAAGAAAGAAACCAUGGAUCUGCAGCCAGAAGAACUCCAGUUCUUGACGAUUCCUCAACUAGUUCAAGAAUCCAUCUCAAUCAAGAAACGAUCUCCAAGAACCUUCUACCUCAUCACCCUCUCCCUCAUCUUCCCUCUCUCCUUCGCCAUCCUCGCUCACUCCCUCUUCACUCAGCCCAUUCUCUCCAAGCUCUCCUCUUCGGACCCACCUAACUCGGAUCGCUCCCGUCACGACUGGACCGUGCUCCUCAUCUUCGAGUUCAGCUACCUCAUCUUCCUCUUCGCCUUCUCUCUCCUCUCGACCGCCGCCGUGGUCUUCACCGUUGCUUCUCUCUACACCGGCAAAACAGUCUCCUUCUCCUCCACCAUCUCCGCCAUCCCCAAAGUCUUUAAACGACUCUUGAUCACUUUCCUUUGGGUUGCUCUCUUGAUGUUCGCUUACAACGCAGUCUUCUUUGUUUUCCUUGUGAUACUAUUCAUAGCUCUCGAUAUGAACAGUGUAGGCUUAGCGGUUGUCGCUGGAGUUAUAAUCUCUGUUCUGUAUUUCGGUGUUCAUGUCUAUUUCACUGCGUUAUGGCAUUUAGGUAGCGUGAUCUCUGUUCUUGAGCCGGUUUAUGGACUUGCUGCCAUGAGAAAAGCUUAUGAGCUUCUUAAGGGGAAGACUAAGAUGGCUAUGGGGUUGGUCUUUGUUUACCUUUUUCUCUGUGCAUUAAUUGGAGGUACUUUUGGAUCGAUUGUGGUUCAUGGAGGAGGAAAGUUUGGGACUUUGACUAGGACCCUUGUUGGUGGCUUGCUUGUUGGUGUUCUUGUGAUGGUUAAUCUUGUAGGUUUGUUGGUUCAAAGUGUGUUUUAUUAUGUUUGCAAGAGUUAUCAUCAUCAGACUAUUGAUAAAACGGCUUUGUAUGAUCAUCUUGGUGGGUAUCUUGGAGAUUAUGUGCCUCUUAAGAGCAACAUUCAGUUGGAGAAUUUAGACAUUUGAGGUCAUGGUACUAUUUCUUCUCUAUCUUUCUAUCUCUGUAUAUUAUAUUGAGUUAAUGUAAGAUUGGAGAAGAAGAGACAGUGGAAUCGAAUAAUAGUUGUUAUCUAAUGUGUAUGUAUGGACUUGAACACUCUUUUGCUGGUGUUUUGAUUUGAUUAAUCUAUGAUUUGAAAGGA